UUACUUAUAAACAAUAAAAGAAAAUAAUAAAAUUGCGAUUUGAAAAAUGUUUUGGCAACAGUGAUCGAUCGACGGCCGAUUCAGCUCAUUCGCAGCUGAUUGUCGGUAUAGUAGAGUUGUCGCCUCUGCAGCGAUAAAAAUGUCUUUUUUUGUAACGUGAAGCGAUAUUUUUCUGUCAAAAAAUGACUACUUCGAGAUAAGACAAAUAAAUAAUAAAACAAAGUUCGCAGAUUUCAAGCUUAUGAAUUUGUAAAUCAUCGUAAUCUCUGAGUAAUCCUUAUCUCAAAGCUUGAAAUCCACCAUGAGUAAAAACCUACUUGAUUAGGAAAUACCUGUUGUAGUAUAGAAAAUAGUAUUUACACCAAAUAAGUACUUUGCAAGAUCUGUCAGACUUAUUUUUUUUUUCAUAAAAAUGAACGACACAGAUCCAGUAUUAAAACUCCAAAAGGUGGAGAAUGUGUUGAUGCUCGAUAAGUAUGGAGUCAAACAUACCUUAGGAACGUUUUACUUAACAGAGACACAUUUUAUUUUUAUGGAACCAAAUGGAAAGAAGAAAAUAUGGGUUUUAAAUACACAUGUUGCUAGUGCUGAGAAAUUACCUUUAUUGACAAGUGGUUCUCCUCUGCACAUAAAGUGUAAAAAUUUUUUUGUUGUAACAUUUGUAAUUCCAAAAGAGCGGGAUUGUUAUGAAGCGCAUUUAACACUACUUAGAUUAUCUUCUCCAACAAGAAAAAAAGAUUUGUAUUGUUUUCAUUAUAAAGGCAUUAAUGAAGGAUUAACUCAAGAAGUUGGUUGGAACUUUUUUAGUAUUCAAGAUGAAUUCCAAAGACAAGGUGUUCCAAAUGAAGAAUGGUCUUUGUCUUACCUCAAUGUUAAUUACGAACUGUGUGAAACCUAUCCAAAGUAUUUGUAUGUGCCCAGUUCAUGUAGUAACACUGUAUUAAUGGGUAGUGCUAAAUUUCGCAGUAAAGGAAGACUACCAGUAUUAACUUAUCUGUACAGUAAUAAUAAGGCAUCUAUUUGUCGAUGUAGUCAACCUCUGUCAGGAUUUAAUGCACGCUGUUUAAAGGAUGAGCAAAUGCUUUAUAAUUUGCUUUGCACUAAUCCCAAUUCAAAGUAUCUUUAUGUUGUUGAUACUAGGCCUAGGAUUAAUGCUAUGGCUAAUCGGGCUGCUGGAAAAGGCUAUGAAAAUGAAAAUUUCUAUGAUAAUAUCAAAUUUCAAUUUUUUGGCAUUGAAAAUAUUCAUGUUAUGCGGUCAAGUCUAGCAAAAUUGAUAGAAUUACAAAAGAGUACCUCUAUGAGUAUGUUUCUCAGUGGACUUGAAAGUAGUGGAUGGUUAAAACAUAUAUGUGCCAUAUUAGAGACAUCAUGGUUUAUAGCUCGAAAUAUAAUUAAUGGAAUUAGCGUAGUAGUGCAUUGCAGUGAUGGAUGGGAUAGAACAGCCCAAGUUUGUUCUUUAGCAGCUCUGAUGUUGGAUCCAUUUUACAGGACUAUACAUGGCUUUCAGGUUUUAAUAGAAAAAGAUUGGCUUGCUUUUGGUCACAAAUUUAAUGAUAGAUGUGGAUUUAUAACUGUGGACAGUAAGGAGCUUGCGCCUAUCUUUACACAAUUUAUUGAUUCAACGUACCAACUUUUGCAACAGUUUCCAUACAUGUUCCAAUUUAAUGAACAAUAUUUAAUAACGUUACACGAUCAUGUACAUAGUUGUCAAUUUGGAACGUUUAUUGAAAAUUGUGAAAAAGAUAGACAAUCUUUGAAACUUUCAGAGAGGACUUACUCUCUCUGGGGUUACAUGGCCCAGCAUAUCAAUGAAUUCAUUAACCCAUUGUAUUCAAAUAGCCAAUAUAAAGAGGAAACUAGUCGAAUUCUUAAGCCAAAACUAGCCCCACAAAAUAUAGUACUCUGGCGCGGUCUUUACUUUAGAUUCGAAAAUGGCGUUCAUCCUAGAGAAUCUUGUGAUGAUUUUCUCUUAACUAUAAAUAACCAUAUAAAUUCUUUAGAAGACCACGUCAAAUUUCUCACGAAGAGAAUCAAUUCAAUAGGACAAUUGAAUUCAACAAACAAUAUGGAAAUAAUGUCACCUAACAAGUACAAGCUUAAUAAUGAAUGUGUUAAAGAAAGCCUUAAAGAGCAAUUGGCAAUUCUUACUAGUAAUAUUGAUGGUAAAAGUAAAAUGGAAUUGAGACAACUAAUAAUUGAAUUAAAUGCUAUUUCUUUAGAAUGGAAGUCAUCAAGAAAUAUGAGUGAAUGUAAAUGUGGUACUACUUUUGAUGCUUUCAAUAUAAAGUAUCACUGCUGGUCCUGUGGAAAUGUUUUAUGCCAACGUUGUAUGGGUAUUAAUAGAGUACUUGAAGGGUACUCUACUCAACACGCUAUUCCAACAUGUAAAUUUUGUUCUCAAAAGUCUACAGCAGUGACGCCAAUUACGCCUUAAUGUGCAAGUCUUAUAUUAAUGUCUUAUUAUUCAAUAGUAUCUAUUUGCCUAAGAAAUAUUAUUAAUAUUUGAUUCAACGAUUUGGCAUCUCGAUUUUUAAAAAAACGAAGCUCAAAAACGUAUAUUUUUUAGAAUCUCACGAGCUUGAAUGUCAGAUAUGUUUUACGUGUAUUGAUAAGAAUUAUUUACAGGACAAUAAUUUUUGGGUCAAAUGUUUUAGAGAUCUAGAAGUUUAUGUAUUUAAGUAUAGAAAUACCUUCAAAAAAUUGACUUAUUAGAAGAAGUAAUACUUAAGACUAAAAAUUAUAAACGAUUUAUAAAUAGUACAUCAAUUGGGCUCAUACAGAGAAAACAACAAAUAUUUUGAUUUGAAUUAAUAAAUUUAUUUUUGCAAAACCUACAAUGUUGGUACAUAAAUUACACAAAUAUAUUUAACAUGUACACCUAAAAUAGUUUGUUCAUCAAAAAUAUUUAUCAAUUGCCUGGAUAACAAUGUUUCUUUUCUCUAACUUGAUCCACUCAAGUUUAAUAUUUUACAUUUGUUAAUAAUAAUAAUUGGAUAUAUAUGGUUAAAAAGUUUAAUCAUCAACUUGCAAGUAUUUAUUUAUAUCAAAGUAUACUUCUUCUGAAACUUGCAGAAUCCUGUAUAUAUAAUUUACAAGUUUUGAUUAAUUUUUUAAAAUGAUAUUUAAGUGGGCAAAAAUUAAUGUGUAGCUGAUCAAUUUAAUAUACAAUGAUUGUUAUAAAAUGAUGGCGGUUGAGUAUAAUGUAAACUACAGCACACCAUGACCUUGACGCCAAAAAAUGUUGUCAAUAAAACUGUGAUAGUAAAAAA